AUGUCCAAGCAUCUUAGAAACCCUGUACUGAGAGAUAUCCCCACUUCUGCCAGCGAGUGGAAGUACGCCAUCUGCGGCAGACACAAGCACGAGAUAUACCCGAUCGGUGCCAGUAAGGCCAACGAUGACAACCACGACAAUGACAAUGACAACGACAAUGACAGCACUGAGCACAAGAAGGGCUUCCAGAAGUACUGGCCCAUUAUCACCACGGGUGCAGGGCUGUUCUCCGACGGGUACAUCAACAACUCCAUCAGUACGGUCUCCACAUGCCUAUCGCUGCUAUACGGGAAGGAAUACUCCGAGUCACACGCCAUCAGAAACAUCUCAUCAAUUGUCUUCGCCGGUACCGUGUGCGGUAUGCUGAUCUUCGGCUAUUUGGCAGACCACCACUCCCGUAAGUUCUCAAUGCUGCUCGGUACAUCCAUGCUGAUCCUGUUCACCAUCCUGUGCGCUGGUGCAUGGGGUAAAGGCACCACGAACACCCACGCCGGUGGCCUCUUCGCAGCGCUGACCGCUUACAGAUUCUUCCUGGGUAUCGCCAUCGGUAGUGAGUACUCCAGUAGCUCCCCCGCCGCCGCAGAGGCCUCGAACUUGCUGCCCCGCGGUAAGCGUAACAGAUACUUCAUCUGGUUCACCAACACUAUGAUCGACUUCGGCUUCGUCAUCGGAGCAUUCGUCCCUCUGGUGCUCCUGUGGAUCUGCGGCUCCCACCACUUGACCCCAGUCUGGAGAAUCACCAUCGGCCUAGGUGCCAUCCCGCCUUGCUCUCUGUUCGUGCUAAGACUGUUCUACAAAGAGGGCAAGAAGUUCCGCGAAACAAGGUUUAACAGAAAAGUGCCCGUCUGGAGAAUCAUCAAGUUCUACUGGUUCAGAGUGGCAAUCGUAUCCAUCAUCUGGUUCCUCUAUGACUUCUCCUCUUACGCUUUCGGUACCUACUCUUCCAUUAUCAUCGGCCUAGUGCUGCCAAAGGACGCACCUUUGUACAAGAACUUCGGCUGGAACGUCGUGUUUAACUUGUUCUAUAUGCCAGGCUCAAUCGUCGGUGCUUUGCUCUCUGACUACUUCGGCCCACGUCUAGUGAUCUCCGUGGGUCUAAUUGUCCAGGCAGCCAUCGGUUUCGCCCUCGCCGGCUCCCUAGACCACUUAAAGAGACAUAUCGUCGGCUUCGUGUUCAUGUACGGUGUCUUCAUCACACUCGGUGAACUGUCUGCCGGUAACAACAUGGGUGUCGUCGCUUCAAAGGUUAACGCCACACCAGUAAGAGCCACUCUAUAUGGUGUCGCCGCAAUGAUCGGUAAAGUAGGCGCCUUCGUUGGUACAUACGUUUUCCCAUCACUGAUCAAGAACCACGGCCUAAGCAGCCCUUACUACGUCUCUUCUGCCCUUUGCUGUUUCUCCGCUCUGCUAGCAUUCUUGUUCUUGCCUGACUUGGACCAGGACGCCAUGAAGAGGGAAGACGAUAAGUUCAUGGAAUACUUGGCAUCCACCGGCUAUGACUUGUCUACAAUGGGUAUUCAAACCGACGACGAGAGUGAAUUGUCCACUAUCUCCGUCAAGAACUCCGAAAUUAACGAGAAGGCCUUUGACAAAUAA